AACAGACAACGUCAUAUAGUAAAUAAGUAGGUAACCGAGGUCUUUAUGACCAAUUUCAUCUGGACGUACAUGUACAUGUACCGAGUUUUGGUUUGAGCGCAAUCCUCUUCAGAUCAACUGGUCCUUUUCUCAAAGACUGUCCUGUUUUUAUCAGAUUAGCGGUCUCUGAGGGUCACAGUCCCCGGUCACUAUCAGUUAAAGCCUCAGAAUCGACACGAGGAACACAUUCUCGGGAUGAAGACCCUAAUUCUGUCAAUGCUGGUGGGUGUCUGCUUUGCUGGUCUCGUGGAACGCGAUACUCUAGACGCUUUGAAACAACUUCAUCUCACCAACUUCAUGACCACUUUGACAACAGACCAACAGCUCUUAUUGAUUGACAUAGUAGCCCAGGCAGACGCCGGAACUCUGACGGACUUCACAAACACGAUCGGGUAUUCCAGGAUACUAGAAAUCUUUAUCGCCCUAAGUGCUGACGAUGAAAGAAUCUUCAAGAAUUAUAUUAUACAGCGAUUAACAUUAGAGGCACAGGGUCCAAUAAAUGCACAUCAUGGUGUCGCUACAGGACACGGAAAAUGAACAUCGCCAAGCAAUCAAAAUUGUUAUACUUAGUUUAUGGAUGCAACAUGUAAAUUAAAAAUUCAAUAUUG